AUGGCACAUCCAUCCACUGCUCCAGCUGUCGCCACAACUGCAUCAUCCGCUGUGGAUUCCCCAGCCGCUACUGCAACUGCGGCAGGAGCAGCUACAAGCACUGUCACCACUACCGAUGCUGUUAAAUUGCACAAUUUGGAUGUUCCUUUAUCCAAUGGGGAAAUCGUCCAAAUCAACUUAGUUAACGACUUACCUGAGGAUCACAAUGAUUUGAUCGGGUUUCUUGAAGGAGAGCACUGUGGUAAGCAGUAUUGGAUAACCGUUGCUUCAGCAUACGCUAAAACUAAUAAACUAACUGAAGCAAUGGGGAUCAUUGAUGCCGCAUUGAAAUUAGACUACUUCGGUGAAGAAGAUAAAAAGUCGUUCCAAAGUUUCUUGGUAUGGCUUUAUUUCAAAUUUGUUUCCUUGGGAAUUGAAAAAGACCAGUAUUUGAACCAAGCCCUGGUGGAAAUUAACAAGUUGGCACAAAGAAUAAAGACGGACGCAAGUACAAGUACGUCGAAUAGUACUUCAAACAUCUUAUCUCAAGCAGUAUUGUUAUUGUUCAAUGGUCAAGAUGACGAUGCCUUGGAUAUCUUUGACAAGAUUUUACGAAUUGACCAAAACAAUUGUUUUGCUACAUUGGGUAAAGCUCAAGUUAUUUUAAACAAAACCAAGAAUUACUCAUUAGCAUUGAAAUUAUACCAACAAGUAUUGAUUUUAAACCCACUAAUGAAACCAGACCCUAGAUUGGGUGUUGGGUUAUGUUUCUGGUUCUUGAAAGAUGACAAAAUGGCAUUGGCUGCAUGGGAAAGAUGUUUAGAAUUGGAUCCUGAAAAUAUCAAGGCGAAGAUUUUUAUAAAUUUAGCUAAAUUCCACUUAGCAUUCAAUAACUCUUUGAGCGAUGAAGAAUUCUUGGAAAAUUACAAGACUUGUUUAGUGGAAGUGUCCAAGAUUAAUGCAAAAGCACCACAAGAUGCUACUGUAUUAUUGCCGUUGGCAUCUUACUACUUUUCCAAAGGAGAUUACGAAACCGUGGAAAAGAUCAUUAAGAAGAUUGUGUAUAACAUAACUGGAGACGAUAACUUGACCAAGUUCAGCAACUUCACCAAGAUUUCCAAAUAUAACAGCAACAUAUUAUCGCAAUGUUGUACAUGGUUAGGACGUAUCCAAUUCACUAACAGUGAUUUCCUCCAAGCAUCGAAAUAUUUCCAAGAAGCAAUCAAGUUGAAUGAUACCAAUAUCGUGGCUAAGUUAGGAUUAGGUCAGGCUCAAUAUAAUAGAGGAUCUAUAGAAGAAGCUAUCAUGACAUUUGAAUCUAUCUUGAGAAGUAACAUGAAGUGUCUUGAAGUCAACUAUUCCCUUGGUAUAUUGUACUCGAAACAAUCUUCCAGAAGAAAGCAAGAAAUGGCCAUUCAAAUUCUUGAAAGAUAUGUUAGAUUGUCGAAUAAUAGAGGAUUAUCAUCUUCCAAGGAAGACCUGUCUGAAUUCUUGUUGAAUAAGGAACCAAUUUGUUUGAAUGCAUACUUGACCUUGAGUAAAUUAUACGAAUCCAGUGACGUUAACCAGCUGUUGAAUUACUUAAACAAAGCUAUAGAAUCAAGAAAACAUAUUAGUAAACCAGUGCCUUUGGAAGUAUACAACAACAUUGGGGUAUUCAAUUUCAUGAAGCAAAAUUAUGAUGAGGCAUCAAACAAUUUCCAAGUUGCGCUUGAUCAAUUAGAUGGGGCUGAAUUUAAGAGCCCUGAUGGAGAUUUAUUAAUUGACUUGCCUCAAGAUUUAAAGGUUUCAUUGACGUUCAACUUGGCCAGAUCGAAGGAAAUUUCCAAUAAGGAUGAUGCGUUAAAGAUUUACGAAACCCUUUUGCAAGAAUGUCCACAUUAUUUCUCGGCCAAAUUACGUAUCUUAUUCUUGAAUUGCAUUUUAGAAGAAGGUGGAUACACCAAACAAGAAAUCAAGACUGAAUUAGAGGCCUUGAUGAGUUCAAAUAGUUCCAACUUAGAAAUCAGAUCAUUUUACGGAUGGUUUAUUAAGAAUUUCGGGAAGAAGUUGGGAUUGCCUGCAGAUGCCGAUACCAAACAUCAAAAGGAUACUUUGGUUGACUACGAUUCUCAUGACUGUUAUGCUUUGAUCUCGUUAGCCAACAUCUAUUGUAUUAUGGCUAGAGAUGCCAAGGGUGAUAACGAAAAGAGAAAGAAGUAUUAUAUCAGAGCCAUUGAAUUAUUCACCAAGGUCAUAUCGGUUGAUCCUAAGAAUGUGUAUGCUGCUCAAGGGUUGGCUAUCGCUAAUAUUGAAAAUAAGGAAAGCAAUAAGGGAUUGGAUAUCUUGAGAAAAAUCAGAGAUUCAUUGAAUGAUAUUUCAGUGUAUUUGAACUUGGGUCAUGUUUUGACUGAAUUGAAGCAAUACGGUAAAGCUAUAGAAAACUAUGAAUUAGCAUUAGGAAGAUUCACUGAUGGUAAGGAUUCAAAGAUUCUUUCAUUCUUGGGACGUGCGUGGUAUUUACGUGCCCAAUCAGAGAACAACUUAUCAUUCUACCGAAGAUCGUUGGAAUACAGUAAAUUGGCAUUUGAAUGUAUUAAAGGAACAGGAUCUAAAUCUUCGAUCCGAUUCAAUAUUGCUUAUGUUCAUUUCCAAAUUGCUGAAUUUGUCACCAAACAACCAGUAUUCCAACGUAAGCUUGAAGAUAUUGAAGCAGCAAUCACGGGAUUAAAGGAAGGUAUUGAGCUUUUGAAUGAGUUGGCGUCUGACGAUGAAAAACAUCCACCUUAUCCAAAGGAAGAAUUGAGAGCUAGAGCCAAUUUGGGUACUACCACUUUGUUGAAUAGAUUGAAUGUUGUUUUUGAAGAAACUAAGGCAAGUAUUGCAGAAGUUGAACAAAAGUUGGAAGUUGCCAAGAAGCUCAGACAAGAAGAAGAAGAGGCCAAGUUGGAAGAAGAAAAACAAAGAGUGGCUGCUUUGAAAGAAAAGGAAGAGAAAUUGGCGCAAGAGCGUGCCUUGUUGCAAGAACAAGCACAGCAAUGGGCUGAAGAAGCUAGAAUGAAUGUUGAAGUUGAUGAAGAAAAUGAUGACGAUUUAUUCAAUGAAGAAUCUGCUGCUGCCGAUAAGAAGAGAAAGAGUAAACCUGCCAAGGGAGGUGACAAGAAAAAACAAAAGAAGACCAAGAAGAGGGCAAAGAAGAAUGUUGUUGAUGAUAGUGACGAGGAAGAAGCGGCUUCUUCCAGUGGUGGAGAAUCAGAUGCUGAAGAAAAUACCAAUAAUAAUGGCACACAAAAAGGCGGGAAGAAGAGCAAGAAACAGUUCAAGUCAAAUGAAUUCAUCAAUGACAGUGAUGAUUUAGAUGACGAUUUGUUUGGUGGUGAUGACGCCGAAGAAGAGGCUAAGCUCCUGCAAGAAGAAGAAGAAGAAGAAGAAGCCAAUAAUGGUGAUGAUGAAUAAACAAAAUUACAUUCUGUUGUGUUGUACUAUCUAUAAAUGUAUAUUAACUAAUUACACGUAUUACUCUUUUAACCAAUUUCGCAUUAACUUAUUACUCUCGCUUGUUUGCUUAAACAACUUCUUUUCAAACUCAUCCAAGGUGUAAAUAAAUUCGCUAUUAACUUGCUUAUUGACAUUGUUUGCAAAACUAUUGAUUUCAAACGACCUUUCCUUUAACAUAUUCAUGACAUUGUCUAUGAGCUGUUCGUCACUGAACAUCAGACACCAUUUUUCGAUUAAUUUGUAAUAAUGAGGUAACAAUUUAUGUAGGUCGACCGAAGUAGGAUUUGACUUUAUAGCAUUGACAACUUUGCUAUUUAUGAACUCAGGAUCAAUCAUAUCAAUGAAACUUUGUUGUGAUUCAUCCAGCACUAUACAAACUGCCAAGAUCUCUGCUAACCAAAAUGGCAAUUCAAUCUUGGUAUCUUUCUCGAUUGGCUUUCCAGGGUUACCUUGUAGAUAACCUAGUCCUGGAACAGUAAUAUUGAAUUUACAGGGUACUUUCUCCCCAUCGGCUAAUAUAUCGUCUAGAUCGUAGUAAUUGGACAUGUUGGUUACUACAAGUUCGGAGUUGUUUAUUAGGACGCCUUGUUUUGAUGAUAUUGGUUUGUAUAUGGAGAGGGAGUACGCGUUUUU